UAAUUUGCUACCGUUAUAUUUUGAUACACGCGCGUGCAGCUUCCCGUAAUUUUUCGUACCCGCUGAUCUGAGAGAUCCUCCAGAAAAUGGAAAAUUUGUAGGGUUUUGAAGAAAAUGGCAACUGAUGGUGGAAAGCUUUCAUCGCUGAUCGAGAAGGCUACUCAUUCCACUUCCAGAGAGCUGGACUCUUCCCUUCUCAACUCCAUAAAAGCCAUAGUCAAAUCCUCUGAUGCCAAUGUGCAUGUCACAGUCGAAACCCUAAUGGAGAACAUGAAGAAGAAUCACUCACAGGUACGGUACCUUGCGCUGCUUAUAAUCGAUGAAUUAUUUAUGCGUUCAAAGCUUUUCAGAUCCCUUCUUGUUGUUAAUUUUGAUGGGUUUUUGGGUCUGAGCACUGGCUUUAGAAGAAAUAUGCCUCUUCCACCUCCUGCUUCCAUUGCAUCCAUCUUGCGUUCAAAAUCCAUUGAACUCUUGGAGAAAUGGAAUGAUUCGUUUGGUUGCCAUUACAAGCAGAUUAGAUUAGGUUAUGAUUACUUAAAGAAUGUUCUUAGAUUCCAAUUCCCCAACUUGCCAGAAACAGCAGCAAGAUUGCGGCACGAGAGAAGGGAAAGGGAGAUCAGAUCAAAGGAAAUUCUAGUGAAUAAGUUUGAGAAUCUAAAGAGCAAUUACUCAUCAAUCAAGGGUGAGAUUCGGUCCACUUCAGAUGAAAUCUCUGAAUGUUUUGAGAUUAUCUCUGGCACGAAUUCAAAAGACAAUAAAUUCAGUUGUGACUCUGUUGAUGAUGAAAAUGCAGUGGAAGAGUCUACAUCUUUAGCUAUGCGCCGCAUACGUUUAGAGUCAUUAAGAGAGGGAAUGAUUGUCCAUGAGAACAGUGAUAACAAAGCAGUCUUUGACAUGUUGAGAGAAUUAUACAAGCUUCUGACUUCUAAGCAUUUGAAGACCGUACAGGAUUCGAUCUCUGUUCUAGUGAGGGUUGAUGCAUCUGAUGUUAGGUUUAGAGAUUCUGCACUAAAAGAGUUAAUUGACAUUCGAAACGACCUCCAAUUAGCAAAAAAGAGAUGUGAGGAACUGGGUUGUGUUGCUCCUGAUGAUGACGAGAACAGGAUUUUGUGGGAGGAAGGUAAGAUUGAAGUUGAAAGCAAUGAGAACAGUAAUCUAUCUGGUGAGGCAAAUAAAGACAUGGUUUAUAAUUCAUAUGGUGAUGAGUCAAAAAAUGAUGCCUCUACUAGUGGAAAAGAAUCAAUUGAUGAAGAAACCAUUGUUGCCGGAGAUGGUUUUGGUCCUUCUUCUCCGAGGCAGCAGCUCUUGGCCAAAGCCCCAGUUAUGACGUGGGGUUCAUUUUUGGAUUCUUGGGGUAUGGUCCGUGAUGUACCAGCAAAUCAGAGGGGGAUGGAACUCGAGUGUCACUGGGGUAGAGUGGAUUAUGAUGCUGUUAUUCCUGCUGAAAAAAUUGCGGAGCUAAAUGUUCAAAUGACGUAUUACAACGAACAACAUGGUGAAAUCAGGCCAUGUUUCGCUCCUUUGAAGAAAGGGGGACUCUGUCAAAGAAGGGAUCUGAGAGUUUGCCCAUUUCAUGGACCCAUUGUACCUAGAGAUGUAGAAGGAAAUCCUAUCAUAGCAAACACAUCUCAAAAACAUGAUUCUAUAGACAUUGGUGGCCCCUCUAUUCUUAAAACGAGUACCAAAGAUAGCGAUGUCUCAUUUCAACCUUCUGAUCUAGAAACAUUAACUGCUGAGGAACUUGCUAAACAAGCGGUGAAGAAUGUGAGGACUAGGGAGGGAAAGGAGAGAGAGAAGGACAAGAAUGAGAAGAGGGCUUUGAAACGUGCAAAGCUUGCAAAGGUUCGGGAACACAACGAAAUGGUUCUCAGGCAAUCUGCACUUGCCUCAACUUCACAAGGCCUAGGAGAAGUCAUGGGAGAAGACAUAGAAGCACUACACCAUACCAGUUCGGAGUACAAAGAGAAAAAGCAAACACUUGCCUCAAUGCUUCGGAAGAAGGUGACGCCUAGAGAUAGGUUGGCAAGGAGGCUUUUGAACGCACAUGCAACUGAGGCGACAGUGAGACAACUCACUCAUGGCGAAGACUCGAAUUACAGGGAGGCUUUUCCAAAUCAAUGGUAGAUGACAGUGUUGCGAAGGAUUGAGAAGGUAUUUUGAUUGUCAAGUUGACACAAGUAGGAAAAUAGAUUAACAAGAAUCAGAAUAACAAGGCCUAGAUAAAGCCUGAAAUUGCCACUCCUGGGGCCCAUCGAGGCUCAAUGUGAAAAAUAAUUCUUUUGCUAUGAUGGAUGAAAAGAAAUCUUGAGUACUUGUCAGGCAGAUAUGAUAGUGGUGGAGGUGUUCAUGAUUCUCUUUCACAGAUCACUGCAACACAUUCCAUAUAUUUUGCAUUGCUUUUUUGGGCCAUUUUAGGAAAAGGCAUGUUUUAGGAUGCGAUGAAGUGAGCAAGGUUGUAGUCCCUUUGGUGUAUUAGACAUAUUGGAGGAGAUAUUUUAGAUGACAGAACCAUUACAUUCUGUCCUUGAUUUACAGCGUUUUGUUAGGAAGGCAAUCUCGGUUGGUUGGAGAACAAAGGUGGCACUGGGAGAUCUCAUUCCAAUGAUGUGAUUUUGGUAAUUGAAAUUUAUUUUUGUUUUUUUGGGUAGAUCAAUGGGGAUAACAGACCCCUCUAAUCUUCUUAUGUUGUAUAAAUGUAAAUGUUGUGUUGUAAAUUUUCUCUCCAUUGAAUGAGAUGCCUGCUUGGUCAUCUCCAUGGAAACAAAUUAUAAAAUCUAGGCAUAGCCAUCUUCAAACUC